AUGUCCGUUGUUACACUACAGUUGGGCCAGUGUGGGAAUCAGAUAGGCGGUGAACUGUUCGAUCUUUUGAUAGAGGAUGCAACAAAGCUGAAUUCUCAGUUCAUUUCGAAGAGCGUAGACCGCAAAGUGAUCCAAGAUUAUGAAGAAGAAGUAAUAGAAAGGUUCUUUACUCGUGACAAGACGGGAACUUUAUUGAAUGCACGUGCAGUCAUGAUCGAUAUGGAAUCCAAAGUAAUAUCUCAAACAUUAACAGAGGCCAGAAAGACUGGUAAAUGGACUUAUCCCACAGGGCAGCAAUUUUGCCAGAAACGCGGUUCAGGAAAUAACUGGGCGCACGGCUUUUUAGAACAUGGGCCAAAAUCAGCAGAUAAAGUGCUAGAAAUUGUACAGAAAGAGGUCGAAAAAUGCGACAGAUUUGGCGGAUUUCUGAUCUUGCUUAGCUUAGCUGGUGGAACUGGUUCUGGUGUUGGAGCUUAUGUUACUGGUUGCCUUCGUGAUGAGUUUCGACAUUCGUUUAUACUGAACCAAGUCGUCUGGCCUUAUGGAACCGGAGAAGUCAUAGUGCAAAAUUACAACGCUAUUUUAACGCUGUCUCAUUUGUAUAAGUGCUCAGACGGUGUAAUCAUACUCGAGAACGACAAGCUACAAAGUAUAUGCUCGAGGUUAAUGAACUUAAAACACAUCUCUUUCAAGGAUAUAAACAAGGUGAUUUCACAUAAACUUGCAAGUAUAUUGCAGCCAGUGAAGCUGUUUUCUCCGGGACAGGAUGCUGCUUACUACAAAGAAGCAAUCUCAGUAACUAAUCUUCUUGGAGAUCUGAUUGAGCAAGUUUGUCCUCAUCCUGAAUAUAAACUGAUGACAUUGAAGAACAUUCCUCAAAUGGCUGAAACAUCCCUAGCCUUCAGUACCUACACCUGGUCGGGACUCUUAAAACACCUUCGCCAAAUGCUUAUAGCUGAUGCCAGCAUGGAGGAAGGUAUACAUGAUCUCUGUGAUAGGAAGUAGAAAGUUUACCUAUUGAUCUAUACCUAGAUUGGGGUGCACUAUAAAAACUAACAUCUUGAAAUAAUUUUUUUUGUUGAAAAAAUUUGUUGGUACCUCAUAUGUAGACCACUCAUUGCCAAGCUUAACAUCCUUUUAAAGCAGGGCCGUAGCUAGGUUUUUUGGAAUGGGGGAAGGUGGUGGGGGGGCAUUAUUGCGAGUGCCGAAGGCACAAGUCUUGAAGGGGGUUCUGGAGGUAUCCUCCCCCAUAAAAUUUUCAAAUUUGGAGGCUCCGAAAUGCUAUUUUCAGCACUUGUCAUGAGAAAUGUCUCUGAAAAAUCGACCUCGAAUAUGAAAAUGGAAAACAAUUGCAAGUCACUAUAAUAAAAAUAACUGAGUCUAAAGAAAACAAUUCCAUCCACAGACUUGAUCUGUCUGGCUCAACAGGUCCGGGGGGAGCAGGUGUCCCGCUUGCUCCCCCGCUAGCUAUGGCUUUGUAAAGGCUUCUGGUCCAAAAAGAAACCUUGUUCAAGACACUGAGUAGUGAAAUUGCAUACCCUCUUUAAGACUCAAGCCCCUAAAAACCAUACCCUGUUGAACGGCAUAUACCAGUUUAGACUGAGAGAGAUAGAGUUUUUUUUUUAUCACUUUGGGGCCAACAAAAUUGGGCAUUGAAGUCGCAAAGUGUGUUUUGUUACAGAAACAGAAAUUUGUGCCAUAUCCAUUUAUUGGUUUUCAUGAUUUAUUGUGUUUGUUUUUACUUUCCCUCAUUUGGCAGGCAUUGACUGGGAAGUGAAGUUACCUGUGCCAUCCAACCCUGAUGGUGCCGAUUUUCAUCUCAGACCUGGUGAACCACCACGAUUGAGAGAAAAAUUCAAUAAAUCCAUUGCAAACCUCUUGGUAUUACGAGGAGUGGGUGUUCAUAAGUCUGAUCUGACUUCUUUUAAUGAUCCCAGACUUCAUGCGAACUGGGUGCCAUCAAGUUGUGCUAGCACAAUAUGGUGCCAUCCAAGGCCAUUUAACCAUUAUGAAAAGUCAGUGACAUUGCUUAGCAACAGCCAAACCCCUGUGGCUCCCUUAAACUCAGUGGUUCAGAAAGCUUGGAACAUGUUCACUUCACGGGCUUAUGUCCACCAGUAUUUAAAGUAUGGAAUGACAGAGGAUCAUUUUGUUGACAGUUUUGCAGCUACUGAGCAAAUCAUAAGAAACUACUCUUCAUUGUAA